AUGCGAAGAACAGUAGAUCAGUGUCCUGCCGGUAUCAUUCCAGCACCAUCAGGACGCCCCUUUACCGAACUCGAGUACGCUAACGAUGUUGUUAUAUUCGCGGAAAGCAGUACGAAACUUCACCAUGUUGUCAACCUUGUAUCGAAGCUGGCUGCAGCCUAUGGAUUAGGUCUACGCCCCGAUAAAUGCAAGCAGAUGUGGAUCUCUUUGAGACCCUUGAAAGGGAAUCAGGAUGGACGGACAACCGAUAGAACUUGUCGAUGA